UUCCCCUACAUUUUGAACAUUCCCCAAUCAUCUCGCCAAGCAUGGAUGUGCUGAAUGAGCUAUCAACACACCUACAUAAAGUGGGCGAUGAUCCACAAACCCCGCUGGACCAAGAACUCAUUGAGAGAUGUGAACUGUUCACGAGCACACCGGAGUACCGGUCGCACUUAUGGCAAGAAUCAAGUCCUUUAUUCACUCAAAUCGCAGAUCUACUGCCAAAUUUACAACAGGAUCCGACGUUGUUAGUACAUAUCGUCAUAAAGUUGACAGAGCCUUAUCGGUUCGAAGAUAUCAAAUCGAUUCCAUUCGAGGAUGGCUUGGAUCUUCAAGCAGUUGCUGUGCACGGUCUCAUCUUGACUCUACUGGAGAAAGCGACUGCGAGUGGUAAUGACGCUCAGGUACUGGCUAACAGACCUACGGUUGUAGCAUCAAUCGUGCGCCUGUGGCUUUGCACUUCAGAUGCGGGGGUAGCCACACAGGCGGAAAAUCUGCUCACUACUUUACUCAGGGUUUCCAGGAAUGAGCCAGUCGCGGCAUCUUUGGAAACUUCUUUGCAUAAGUACGGUUCUGGUCCCAUGUGGCGGAGACUGUUCAACGAUCGCGACAUUUUCUCCCUCUAUUUUCACUAUACAUCCUUGAAAGAAUUGGACAACUCGCCGUUGCCUCAUCUCAGUAAGCGCGAUAAAACUAUCUCGCAAGCAAGGCUCCUGGAGUGGUUACCUAAAGUCGGCGCCCUAGAGUGGAAUACUAUCAGUACUGGACGGGGAGCUGAAGUUGAGCGCGAGGUGGGAAUAUCUGAGGGUCAAGGCUUGCUCCACUAUGCUGCAUUGACGAUGGUGGAUGGCGAAGACGAUGUGCUCAUGCACAUGACUCUCAUCAAUUUUUAUAGCGAUCUCAUCACUGCUAUCAAAACCUCUGAUCGUCCAACUUCUAGUGUGUCACUGGAGUUUUUGAAAGAAUAUGGCAUCCACCGGAAAAUCAUCGAUACUCACACUACCAACGAACCCAGUAUCGAACAAACCUUCUUGAGUCCACGGACGGCGCAGUACAUUAGCAAUUACGUCAGUCAUUACCCCGAUGAUCUCGAACACAGUCCAGAAUUGACAGUGCUUCGGAACUUUCUUAAUUGCAAUAUCCGAAGGUGUGAGCCUCAUGAUCUCAGCAUUCUGGCUUCGAUGCCGCGUGCCAGCCUCAUGCCACGUAACGACCACUAUUUUGUCUGGGACGACUGUGUGAUACUCGAUUUACCUAUUCAGAGAUCAAACCCAGACAUAUUAAAGACGCUUGCUGCCAUAUUCCACGGCCCACUGAAGGUAUAUGCUCACCACAUACUUCCGAAGGUCACUCCAAUUAACAAACACCAGCAUGAAAUCACAUUUCCGCAAACCGAAAUCUUGGGCGAGGACCUUAAACGGACAGAAGUUGAAGCCUACUUCGCUCGUGCCAUCACGUGUCUAUUCUACCAGAAACAUUCCAAUCUUUUCUCUGACCUCGUCAGGCAUGCCGAGACCAUCGCGAUGACAGAAAAUGCUCUAGCCGCUUUGACUGUGAUACGCGCCAUUAUAACAGCAGAAUGGUCAACUGCUGCGCCUACACAUACCUACGGCGAGAGUGCAGCAACUUUGACCUCCCUUCAAGACUUCCCUAAAACUGGGCUUGACUUGAUCCUUGAUCCAACAAGAAGCGGCGGCGUACUUCCCCUACUCAUGAAACCGGCAGCCACGUUCUCGAAUGUCGUCGGUGGUGCAAGCGAUGCACAGAAUGCUGCGUAUCAAGUCGCGAUGGCAAAGUUUGAAGUUUUGAAAGCGCUAGGUCGGAGACUGGAAAAGGAAGGUGGAAGGCAGGACGUGCUGGCAAUGGUAGUGAGGAGAGUCAAUGAGGGGCCUUGGGGCGAAGGUGGAAGUGCUGGGAGUAGGAUCGGAACUCUGGAGCUCUAG